AUGCAGUUAGCCAAGGGUUAUGUGGAGGAAGUGAAAUUCAAAGAUCACGCGCAUGUAUUGAAAUUGACAAGUACAUUACAAGGUGAUCGCUCUGUCUACCUUUCCUUCUUGAGUGUUACGCUUUAUAAUAAGUGGUUGAAACGAGCCCAGAAGGCAACAGCGAAAUUGCCUACAAAAGCUGACUUGUCCAAAUGCCAUCUUGAAUAUUUACCGGAAGCUCUGUUCAUCAAUGAAGAUCUAAAAACACUGAAUCUUCGACAUAACGCUUUAAGGGAACGGCCGAUCGAGGAAGAUAUUUAUAACAUAGGUUGGCUUGAUGACUUACCAAGAUUCUAUAAUCUAUGUACUUUAAAUUUGGCCAACAACGAUUUGAAAAGCUUUCCCCUUGCCAUUUGUAGUAUACGAAGUCUUGUUGAGUUAAAUAUGGCGAGUAACAAACUGGAGGAGAUCCCGUCUGAAAUUGUUGAACUGUGCAGAUUACAGAUUCUUCGUCUGCAUAACAACCACCUGACAUGUCUUCCGGAGGAGAUGGGCAAUAUGAAACGCCUCAGUGUCGUCAUCUUAGCCUUCAACCAUUUCACCACGGUCCCGCAGGUUCUGCUACGCUUGCACGGAUCCUCAGAGACGAUGGACAGUAUCAUAAUGGCCGGCAACUACAUCGAACGACUUCCGGGUGACUUACUCAGUCGGAUGAAACUCAUCAAGAAAAUCGACUUCCGGAUGAAUCGCCUCACUUUGCUGCCCAGUGAAAUUGCCAAAUUCCAGUGCCUGGAGUUCAUGACACACCUGGACAUCCGGGACAAUAAUAUUCAAAAUUUGGAUAUCAGAGCUCUCAAAGGACUUGUCUAUCUCAACUGUGAGCGAAAUUCUAUGUACACUUUGCAAUUGAGUGGAGUCGGUCUAAAAUAUGUCUACGCUGGUCAUAAUGAGCUCAAGUCACUUAACAUUACACCAAAACCGGAAUGGCUAAUCGACAUUGAUAUCUCACAGUAA